UUUGGUUUAAGUCAAGCUAUGAAGAAAAAGUUACUAAUACGUAAUAUAUCAAUACGAGUGUAGCAACGUUCGCGCCGUUCACGAAUUUCAGGACAAAGUGAACAUGAGUCAAUUAUCUGACGAUGAAAGUUCCGACAGCAGUGACGAUUUUUUUGUCCCCGCUGAAAAAAUUGAUUUGAAUUCAUCUUUUUUCAAGAUAUUACCAAACAAAACUAACCCUAGCAGCCCUUUAACAGUGCAGUCCAGUUCUGAUGAUUCUGAUGAUGAUGUCAAUAAUUUAAAUGAUAAUACCAAUUCUGCAGAACUACUUGCUCAAGUCCUAAGAAACUUUGAGAAUGCCAAAACCCAAAAUUUAGUUAGCAAUAAUAAUAAUCAAUCGAGUACAUCAACAGAGCAAGUUACACCAGUCUCAUACAAUGAAGAUUUGUCAAAAGAAAUUAAUGAUCUUCUUUUGCAAGGAGAAAGUCAAGUAACUUUAUCAAAACAAGAUGAUAAAAUUAAAACUGUGCAUGGAGGUGUUGAAAAUGAAGCUAAGUCAAACUAUACCAUACCCGAAAAAGGGAUUCAAAUCCAUUUACCUAAAGAAAAUUUUAUGUUGGAUAAAAAAAAUAAAAGGCAGAGAAAUUUACAGAAACUAUUACAGAGCAAAAUCAAUCAAAGAAUUCGAGCUGCUCAAGUUUUUGUCCACAAAGUUGGAUUAUUGACUUGGUUAUCUCAUGGAUUUUUCUUAAACAAAUUAGCAAAUGAUCCAGAACUAUUGGCAAUUACUUUAUCAUUGAUAUCUCCAAAUAAUUAUCCAAAGGAUCGUCCAGAUCUUAAGUAUAUUGAACAAUUUACAGAGUGGUUCACCGGAAGAUUUUCAGUUUUUGAAAAACACCGUGAAGUAUUUUUUAAUAUAGAUACACUUCUACAAAGAGUAUCUGAUAAAAAAGUCUAUAAUUAUAUAGAAUUGGUUUUACUGUAUAUUGCAGCUGUUAGAGGUAUGGGUAUAAAUUGUCGUUUAGUAUUAUCUCUUCAACCACCGCGAUUAAAACCUAAGCAGGAUGAACUGUUAAAAAUUCAUGAUAACGACAGUAAAACAACAUUAACCAGAAAUACUAGUUCUAAGAAUAGUUCAAAAAGAUGUACUAAAAACAAUAAGUCAAAAUCUGAAGAAAAAUCUAUCUCACCAACAAAAAUAAUACCAGAAAAUAGUCGAGAAUUUGCAAAAUUAGAAGCUAGAAACAGGGCAGCAGCUAUUUUCAAUAAAAGUAUAGUUGCAGAUGAUCCAAAGAAAGAUAAUGUUGAUACAAAAGAUAGUAAUAUUUUAGAUAAUGAAGAUAAUGUAUCAAUAGCUAAAAAAAUCAGUUUGAAAGCAUUUAAAAGAAUUCAAACAAAAAAAAAACUACCUUCAAUUUCAAGUAAUAGUAAACAGAAUGUGUCAAAUAUUGAUAAAACAGAUAAAACAAGUGAGGAAAAGAAUAAGAAUUCUGAAAAUGAUAGUAAUUUUUCAGAUGAUGAAAGUGAGUUUUCAACAGAUGAUGAUUAUGUUGAAAAAAAACCUAAAAAGAGAAUUCUAGAUCCAAUACAAAAAAAUCCUCCUUCAACAUCAAAAGUUAUUACCAAAAAAUAUAAUCAUAGAAAAUUAUUAUCUUCUGAUGAAGAAGAUGUAAAUAAUUUUAAUAAUUCAUACAAUGUAUGGGUAGAAGUAUACCUUGAAUCAGAGGAAAGUUGGAUAAGUGUUGAUAUUUUGGAUAAAAAAAUUCAUUGUAAUGCAGAGUUGUAUAAAAAAGCAAGCAUUCCAGUUUUAUAUGUCGUUGCUUGGAAUUCAAUUGGAACUCUAAAAGAUGUGACUCGGCGAUAUUGUCCACAUUGGUUAACUGAUACUCGAAAAAAACGUGUAGAUGAUAAAUGGUGGACUGAAACUUUGUCAAAUUGGAAAGAAAAAAGGACUGCAAUGUCUAGAGCUGAAGAUCAACAACUAUUACAAAGGGAAUUAGAACAACCACUUCCUAAAACAGUUGGAGAAUGUAAAGGACAUCCUUUAUAUGUAUUGACUAGACAUUUAUUAAAAUUUGAAGCUCUCCAUCCUCCUGAUGUAGUUCCGUUGGGUUUUUUAAAAACUGGUGAAGCAAUAUAUUCUCGGCACUGUGUACAUACUUUAUGUUCAAGAGAAACUUGGAUAAAGAAAGCUAGAGUUGUCAAACCAGGAGAACAAGCUUACAAAGUAGUAAAAGCUAUGCCAAAAUUUGAUAAGCUUUCAGGGCAAAAAAUUAAAGAUCAACCAUUGGAAUUAUUUGGCAAAUGGCAAACUUUUGCAUAUGUUCCACCAGAAGCAAAGAAUGGUACAGUGCCACGAAAUGAAUAUGGAAAUGUGGAUCUGUUUAAAAUGUGUAUGCUUCCAAAGGGAACUGUAUAUAUAAAUCUUCCAGGAUUAAACAGAAUUGCUCGAAAAUUGAAUAUUGAUUGUGCACAAGCAUGCGUUGGAUUUAAUUUUGGUUGCCGUGGUGCAUUACCUGCAUUUGAAGGAUACGUUGUUUGUGAAGAAUACGAAGAUACAUUACGGGAAGCAUGGGAAGAGGAACAAAUUGAAGCUCAAAAACGAGCGAAGGAGAAACGAGAAAAAAGAAUUUACGGAAAUUGGAAAAAACUUAUUAAAGGUUUGAUCAUUAGAGAGAGACUAGCAGCGAAGUAUAACUUUAAAGAUGAAGAAAUUGACACAAAUUCAUCACAUAAAAAACAAACCACAAAUACAAAAAAAAAUUCCGUACCAGAAAAAAAGCCCGUUAAGGUUGUUGCCAAAAAUGGCAAAGAUUAUAACAAUGAUUUGAAAAUUAAAAAGCCGUCAAACGUUAAAUCUAGAGCAAUUACGAACAAGAUAUUAUCGGAUGACGAAUACGAGGAAAAGGAGGAAAUUAAUAAUAAAAAACUAGAAAGUAUAAGAAACAACUUUUCUAGAAAAGCAACAACGAAAAAAAUUAAUAAAAACAAAUCUAAUAACGAUUCAAAUAAAAAAUCAAGUGGAAGCGAUAUGAAGAUCGAUGCUACGUUGAAUUUUGAAAACAAUGAUGGAAUUAGAAUGACUAGAAAAAGAGCAGCAGCUGCUAAAAAUCUUAUAGACGUGAAUCAUGACAAAGGUGGAUCUGAAGACGAAUUUCAGGAGACAACAGGCGUUGCGAAAAGAAAGUUAGUAGAAAAAAAAGAUGCAAUCGCUUCAAAAUUAUCCAAAAGAAGUAAAAUUGAACAAGAUAAUACUAGUAAAAAAAGCAAAAAAGAUAAGACAUAGAUAAGGAGAUUAUACUAUUUCGAUUUUAUUAUAUAAAAAGAGCAAGUCAAAUUCAUUUAUGUAAAGAUUCUAAAUCACUUAAAUGAUAUUUGCAAAUGAUACACUUGUACAAAAUUUCUUAGUUAUUUCUAUAUUAUUAAAAAAUAGCCAAUUUACAUAUAAAGUUAAGUAAUUAUACUUCAAAGCAGCAACUUUUGAAUUAGUUAAGAUCACAAUUUUAUAAUUAUGUUUAAUAAAAUAAAUGAA